CUCCACACGACAUCACAACCAUUUCAUACUUCUACAGCUUAACCCAUUAUACAUCUGCUAAAAAUGGGACUGGUAGAUUAUUCCGAGUCAGACGACUCGGGAUCCGACUCUGAACAGCAAACACAGCCAACAACUAAACCGGCGCAAACGCUACCGAACGGCAAGAAACCAUUCCAAAAGCUAGUCGACCCUUCGAACAAGGGAAAACUCAUAAUCAAUCUACCCCCUCCUGGGGGCAAGGCAUCUACAGAUACUGCAACAGAUGGCCCUCCAGCCAAACGAACGAAAACCACGGGUAGCGGUGUCUUCUCCGGCUUCAACUCCUUUCUCCCACCUCCAAAGAACACGGGCAUCGCGUCCGCACCGAAACCCUCCGCAACACAAUCGAAGGCUCCCGGGAUCGGGCUGAAAACGAGCAGCGCGGCAGCCUUUAGUCGAGGCACCGUUGACGAUAUAUAUAAUAACGAAGAAAGCGGGAGUAGCCUCAGUCUUCCAGCGCCAAAGAGGGAUGCUGAGCCAACAAUACCAGAAGGACAAAAGCCUGCGCAUGAGGUAAAGCUGACUGGCAAGCCUCUUAUGUUUAAGCCAUUAUCUGUCGCGCGAUCAAAUAAGAAGAAGCCUACAGCAAAAGUAGCAGCGUCGAUAACAGCUGCCACCACAGCGCCAAAACCAACAGCUCUCGGGUUAACAUCUGCAGCACCAACCCCGGCAGUAGCUGCAGCACCGCCGCCUCCGAAGAAGGUGUCUCUAUUCUCUAUGCAUACAGAAGAGCGAUCAGAACCACAGGCAGUAUCAGAAUCGGACGGCACAUAUAGACCCCUCUUUGAAACGGAGGAUGCAUACAGCGCGGGCGUGACCAGCAAUUACGAAGAAUACGCUGCGUCGUACGCUCAAGUUAAUCACCAGGGUGCAUCCGCUGGCCCCAGUACCGAUUCUCUCGGAAAUAUUGCGGAUGAUCUGAACCUAUCUGCUGCUGAACGCCGCGAACUGUUUGGCCGCGGUGGUCACGCAUCCAUGUCAGCGAAGAAGGUGGUAAACUUCAACAUGGACGACGAAUACAAGCACAACGAGACAGUACGCGCAAGCGGCGAGACCCAGAUUCACAACCCUGUUCGUGCUAUACAGGGCGGCAAACACAGCCUGCGGCAACUUGUUCAGAAUGUUCAUAACCAGCGUGAGGCGUUGGAGGACAGCUUUGCACAGGGCAAAAACAACCGAAAGGAAGCGUCUGGGCGGUACGGAUGGUGAUGGAAGCUUAUACAUGAUACCCUGCGUGAGGAAAAGUAUUUUUUCACAUCUAUAAUGACAAAUGAACACUUGUUAUUUAAUAGACUGUAUUACAAUGCAA